UACACACACACACACACACACACACACACAGACGGGAGACAGAGACGGAGACAGUUCUUUGACACCCUGUCCUCUCGUCAUGCCAUGGAUAUUUUGUGGCAAUACCAGUUCAGGAUCAUCCUGCUCGGGGACUCCACGGUGGGGAAGUCGUCGCUGCUGAAGCGCUUCACGGACGGGAUCUACAGUGAUGUGGCUGAUCCCACGGUCGGCGUGGAUUUCUACGCCCGCUCCCUCGACAUCGAACCCGGGGUGAAGAUAAAGCUGCAGCUCUGGGACACGGCAGGCCAGGAGCGUUUCAGGUCCAUCACGACCUCGUACUACCGUAACUCUGUUGGCGGGCUGCUCGUCUUUGACCUCACCAACCGCAAAACCUUUGAGCACGUGAGGGAGUGGCACAAGGAGGUGAGCGAGCACAUCCUGCCCCACCACAUGGUCUACAUCCUCAUCGGCCACAAGAGCGACCUGAACAAGGACCGCAAGGUGACGCGGGACGAGGCGGAGCAGCUGGCGGCCGAGCUGGGCAUCCGCUACGUGGAGACGUCGGCCAAGUGCAACAGCAAUGUGGACCGCGCUUUUGAGCUGCUGACCAGAGACAUCUACGAGCUGAUGAAGAUGGGGGAGAUUGUCACGCGCGACGGGUGGGACGGCGUGAAGAGUGGCCUCACCGCCAAGGUCCUCUACCCGGCUGACGAAGAGGAGGAGCUGGCGACUGCGUCGGCCGAAAAGGGCUGCCACUGCUGACUGAGAACUCUCUCUGUGCCAUCACACCGACGGCUGCCCUUCAUCUCACCGUCGUCGUCCAUCAAAACUAAGUCGGCACACAGUGAUGUCAUCAUCCGUCACUUCCUCACCUUUGUGCUUCGUGUCCUCUGAGAUUCUGUUAAACGUAGGGGUUCGUGAACGUCGUGGCGUGUAUCGUUGAAACCAAGUUGUGUCCACAUGAAUGCGGUCGUUUCUGGACUCGUGGACACAGAAACCACGUGGAGGCUGAGCGUGCUUGUGGUCAGAACUCUUGAGGACACUGUGGUCUGGCCUCGCUCCGGUCCGUGUGGUUUCUUCCUGUCCACGUUUGCUUUGCCUGCCACCCCAUAAUGACUGUACUACUGUAAAUAAUAGUGAACACUGUAGAGACAAAAGCAUAGAAGGUCACUCAAUGCAAAUCCAUCAUAUAAUAGUGUGAACAGACACAGUGCACUCUGUAAUAAGCGUCACCGUAUGAAAUCAAUGUGCUCCCCCUGCUACUGUAAUCUGUACAUGCACUUACGCCAAAACUGACUCUAACCUCUGUUAAUACAUGAGUAAGAUUAUGUAUAAAAAAUUAUAAUAGAGAUUAUUUCUAGUUAAAGUGAUAGUUCAGGUUUGAUGAGGUCCUGACACACUCAGGGCUGACUUUGCUGGAAAAACAGAUUUUAUCCACCUAAUAAGAUCUACACCUGCAGUAUCUCAACAAUGUGUUUGCAGCUUUAUCUCGCUGCUACACCGCCUUUUCUGGCUGGCAAUUGAAGUUUGUAAGACACUCAGCCUCCUGCACCAAACCCCAUAGAGGAAAUCAGUCAUUUUAGCUCACAGGGACACAGGAGCUGCUGGUCUAUUGCUGCCAUGUUUGGUGAGUUUGUGUCUCAGAGGUAAAUCUGAAGCAAAUUAUUCAAACACCGAAUUGACAAAAUAACACAUGUGAGAUUACUGAUAAGAGCAGCAGUGGAUCGACAACACCUGUGUGCUGUGAUGUCAACUUGUGCAAUUUCACAAUGGAAUUUGGUGUGGGGGAAUGAGUGGUUUACAAAAUGACACAAACGUCCAUUUUCUGUCAGGAAAGGGCUGUUUAACGUCAAGCAAAAGUGUCAGACACAUUCUGAAGAUGCCCCAGAAUCACCCAAACAAUGAUUCUAUGACUAUAAGACUUUUGUGAGUCGCACACGGCGACGUCAGCGCCAACUGUUUCAGCACCUCACACCAAAAACCCUGAAUUAUUCAGUUGUAAUGAGAAUAUUUAGGUAUCUGUAAUAUAUAGCAUUAACAGAAAUAAGACAUCAGAUAUGUCAGAGGUUAAUCUGUCAGUUUUAAUAAUCUCAUCAGUAUUAGUAAAAAUGUGCAAGAAAAGGUAGUGUCACUUUCAUUUUGUGAUUUAUUUUGACUCAAAAGCUCAAUCGUGCUUUCAGCUAACAAACGUGCAGCGACUCAUUAUAAACUCAUGAUCAUAGAAGGACACAUGUUUUAUUCAAAGGUGCCAUGUGUAGAAUUAAAAAAAAUAAAUAAAUCAAAUGCAAUACUAAAAAUUAUGUUUAUUAUCGCCUGAAAAUGAAGAAUUGACGUGUUUCCGUAACCGUAGGUUGAGCCUCGUUUUGUGACGCGAUGGUCUCACACGUGACAACAGCUGUUUAACUACCUUCAGCGCAGAGAACCAACCGUGUUUGUUUUCAAAUCUCCAGUCUUUCUUUUGGCUCUUUUGGCUGUUAAUCCACUGAUCCUGAGCUCUGACCUCUCACACACUCACUGCAACCAGCAAGAGAUUCUCUUUUAUGUGAUGAAGCUUACUUUCUUUUCUUCUUUUCUUCUUUUCUUUGAGUUAUAGGUCCAGUGUGUAAAAUUCAGCUGCAAUGAUUUCUUAUUUAGGAAGACAUUUAAGAUGUUUUACAGGACAACACUGAACUGAAAGUUGUAUAGGAACACACAACCACACACACAACUCAUUUUACACACUACCUUUAAUUUUCUUACAUAACGUUCUCACUCGCAGCUUAUAUUUGGCAAGGAAUGUAUUGUAAAACAUUUGCAACAACCCUUUAUCUGUAUAUUUUACUUCCUGCUACAAUAUUCUUCCACCUCAUGUUGUAUAGUCAGAUUUAGAUAUAGUUUACUGUAUAACAGAGGUAUAACAAAUGGUUCUCAAGACCAGUCUGGCGAGCAAGGCUACAUCCACUCUACAGGGUUUUCAUUUAAAAUUGAGUUUUUAGGUUAAAAAGAGAAAGUACUGCAUCCAGAUUAGUGCUUUAACCAAACUAAUGCGCUUAAAAUGUAUAUCAUGGUGUCAUUAAGGGCGUGAACAGGAAGCUAAUUCUCUUCGGCGGGUGUUUCCAUAGUUACAGAGAGUUUUACUGACGAGAAAUAACAAAGGAUUGAACAGCUGAUAGUCAAAUCAUGGCAGACAAGAACCAAACAGGAAGUGACUGCGGGGGAAACUUUCAAAUGAAAAUGAAACAGAGCCAUUGGCAUGUUUUAAACGUCAUCAUUUUGGAGCUCUUAAAUGCCGAGGUAGUGUGGAUGGCGAGCGUUUUGACACCCAUUUUUAAACAAAAACGCAGUAAGAUGAACGUAGACCAAGACCGUUCUCAACUACCACGACAGUAAACCCAUGGUCCUGACUUUGAGAACCACUGCAAUUUGUACAAUAUGUUGUUGUUUUUUUUGUCUUAAUUUUUUUGGAUAGUUUGACAAUCAGAUGUUAACAUUCGGUGUUUGUAGUGAAGAUGGGGAUCGCCACCUGCUGGUCUGACUGUGUUUAACACGUCUUGCGUGUCUCAUGUAAACAGGGUUACACUGCAUGAUAUCUGUCACUGCAAUUUGUACGUUGAGACACUGUUUUUAGCAAACUGUACGCCGAUAAAUACGAUUGUCCAUUUGCUGAACGCUGCACAGACAAGACGAUUGACUGACAGCCUAAAGGACUAAUCCGCUUUUUGAAGGACUCGAUAUUAUUCUUAUUUCUAUAUCUAAAAUUUAGACUCCACUUGUAAUCUUAGAGUUAGAAGAGCCAAUCUUCUUUGUUAGUAAAACCUAGAAAUUUAUCAUUUAUAUACAUAUAUGUAUAAUAUAAUAUAUAUGUACAUAUGUAUAUAUAUAAAAUAUAAUAUAUAUGUAUAUGUACAUAUAUUUAUGUAUACAUAUACUUAUUUGCUCUGCUCACUCUCAGAAAGACAGCGAAUGAGCACGUUGCGUAAAAUGUCGAACUGUGACUUUGAAGACUUUACUUCAUCCCACUGGAAAGAUCAGAUCAACCCACUGACACCAGUGAUCAUCCUGGAACCUUCCAGCCCCACACACACACACGCUCACAUUUCACAGCUUUAUUAAAAUAAAUGUUAUUUAUUUUCUAUAUUAUGUAUAAGGGAGUCCUUUAUCUGAUGUGAUUUUACUGAUUGGUUAAAAAAAAAAAUUGAAUAAAUAGAUGCCCAGUGAA